AAAGACGUGAUGUGAACAAUCACCCACUGCUGGCUCCUCCCCCUCCUUUCCCUUCAAGCCAGCUGUGCUGUCUCACUGGACUCAACACAUCACCUCUCUCUCUGUCAGUAUCAGUGCUCCCUGGGGACCAAUUUUUUUUUUAUUUUUUUUUUUUUCCUUCAAGGAUCUUCUGUUUCUUUGACUAAAAUACAUAUUUCAUCAGAAGUUCCAACAUGGCAGCACAGUUCCUGAGAGGGCUCUGUGAGGUGGAUCAGCACUUCUACACACCUGGAAACAACAUCUGAGCUUUUCAAGGAUUCAGAGAUGAGCCAUCACAAAGCUUUGGAAGUGCUCAACUUUACAAGACUCUGAGAAAAACUUUUUGGUGGAACUACAGCCAAUUUUCAUCUGUGAAUUUGACGUCUGUAGGAUCCUUCAGUCUCAUCACUGAACAAUGGGAGAGUCUGGAAUAGAGAUGUGUACUUUGAAACCUUUAUUAUGAAUCAUGGAGGAAAACAGUUCAUUUCUGACCCCUGACUACAAUGACAGCACCUCCGCUUGGGCGCCGAUGCCCUCGGCUCCCAGCAGGCACCUGGGCGCCCUUCCCAACCCCCAGACACGCUUCAAGGACCUGGCGGGGAUAUUUUUCAUGGUGACCCUGAAUGUUCUGGCACUUCUGGCCAACACCGCUGUUCUGGUUGUUGUCAUGAAGGCCCCUCACCUCAGGAAAUUUGCCUUUGUUUGUCACCUGUGUGCAGUGGACCUGCUGUGUGCCAUGUUGCUCAUGCCUCUUGGGAUUGUGUCCAGCUCUCCGUACUUUGCUGAUGUGGUGUUCACUGUGCUGGAGUGUCAGGUCUACGUAUUCCUCAAUGUAAUCCUCAUAGCUGCCUCUAUCUUCACCAUCACAGCCAUCAGUGUGGAGCGUUACUACUACAUCGUCCACCCUAUGCGCUACGAGGUGAAGAUGACGCUGAAGCUGACCGCUGCUGUCAUGGCGAUGGUGUGGGUGGCCUCUGCCAUACUGGGGUUGUCCACUGUGUUUGGGUGGCCGUCCUACGGCAGCCUGAACACCAUCAGUGCUGCACACUGCUCGCUGCAUUGGAGCCACAGCGAUCACAGACGAGUUUUCUCUGUGCUCUUCAGUGUCACCUGUUUCUGCCUGCCUGCUGUUGUCAUUUUUGCUGUCUACUGCAAUGUGUAUAAGGUGGCCCGCGUGGCCGCCCGCCAGCAUGGACCUCUGCCCUCAUGGACAAACAGUCAACUGAAGCAUCGCUCUGACUCCAUAAACAGCCAGACCACCAUCAUCACAACCCGCAGCGCCCCACGCAGGACUAUGCGUGAUCGUCAUUUUGGUGGUGGUAAAGCUGCCCUCACUCUGGUGGUCAUUGUUGGCCAGUUUCUGAUCUGCUGGCUGCCUUACUUUGCCUUCCACCUCCAUCUGACAAUAGAUGCAGCGUCCAACCUUCCUGAUGACCUGCAGGAAGCAGUCACCUGGCUGGCAUAUUCCUCCUUUGCUAUUAACCCAUUUUUCUACGGGCUUCUCAACCGGCAGAUCCGGGAGGAGCUUUGUAAGCUGAGGCGCUGCUACUCGGCCCGGCCAGUGGAGCUGGCUGUCUCCAGCCACGAGGGCUCAGGCCACGAGAACUUCCUGCAGUUCCUCCACAGGACCAGCUGCACAUUAGAGACACAAGCAAGCUAUGCCACAUCCAGUCCUAGAAACACUCUGGAUCAGACCGGACAGACUGGCUUCAGGAUACCGGGGCAGAUCCCAGAAGAGUUCAGUUAGUCAUACACCUCGCUGUUGUGCCACGGGAUUAAUCAUCUGCAGAACUAUUGGAGAAAAAGAUAGAUACAGCAUCAAGAAAUAAAUUCUGAGCUUUUGUGUUUGAAACUUGACUCUUUUCCUUUAUCUAAAAAUUAGGUUCAGAAAGAAAUACUGGAACAUAAAGCUAAUGGAGAUAGGUUUUUAAAUUGUUGUUACUGCUUUUGUGGUCGAUCUAGCAGUUAUACAGUGACUAAUCAAGUGAGGGAGACUUUAUUUUUACUGGCUACUAAAGCAAAGUUACUGUUUAUCUGCAAACCGUAUAUCUGUUUUAAUAAAAGUUAUCACAUCAUACUUGAACAGUAAGUCAUGACAAUAUAUCCAGUUAAGAGAACUGACAAAGGGAUUUACAAUCUACUGAGCAAGAGAGUGAGCAGUAAUUUACUAUUACAAUAUCUAUAAAUUCAGGACACUACUUGUUUUUAUAUACAAAUAUAGCAGCAAUCUUCUUUAUACGAGUCAAUAUUCAACAAUUCAAUGUUGUCAUGUUGCAGGAAUUUCUGUAAACUUUAUUUAUUGUACUGAAAGAAGAGACACAUCACUGUCUGUUCAAGAAUUUGUUAUUUCUUAUUGCUUUAAUUGUGCAAAUAAACACUUGUUACCUUAAUCAUUUAUGUAAAUCAUAUCGCAGUACAUACAGAGAUUUUCUUUCUUUUCUUUUCAUAUCAUUGAUUUAGUAUUUUCUGACAGCAGAGAAUGAUUGGUGUUCAGAUGGAAUCAUUCAUUUGAAAGGGUCAGCCUCUGAAAAUAACGGAGCAACAAUGUGAUCAAGCUGUCCUGUAACCAUGAGAUCAACAGCCGGCCUCCAAAUUAAA